AUGGCAGAAGCUUCUGCAGAUGCCUCAACUCUCCCUGUGACAGUGAAAAAAAAGAAAAGUCUGUCCAUUGAAGAAAAGAUCGACAUCAUAAAUGCAGUAGAAAGUGGCAAGAAAAAAGCAGAGAUUGCAGCUGAAUAUGGAAUAAAGAAAAAUUCAUUGUCCUCUAUUAUGAAGAAUAAAGACAAAGUUCUAGAAGCCUUUGAAUCACUGAGAUUUGAUCCAAAGAGAAAAAGACUGAGAACUGCUUUCUACACAGAUCUGGAAGAGGCAUUAAUGAGGUGGUAUCGAAUCGCUCAGUGUCUAAAUGUACCAGUUAAUGGCCCAAUGUUGCGCCUAAAAGCAAAUGAUUUUGCCCAGAAACUGGGACAUAAUGAUUUUAAAUGUAGUAAUGGAUGGCUGGAUCGCUUUAAAUCCAGGUAUGGUUUAGUAUUCAGAGCUCAACCUGUAGAAGCUACAAGUGUAUCAGUAGACCCUUCAGCUGUUUGGCACCAAAACAUACUUCCUUAUUAUUUAAAUGAUUAUCAUCCUAAAAAUGUUUUUAAUAUAAAAGAGACUGGACUGCUUUAUCGAAUGUUACCUACAAAUACAUUUGCAUUUAAAGGAGAAACAUGCUCCAUUGGAAAGCUAUGCAAGGACAGAAUAACCCUUGUGGUUGGGACAAACAUGGAUGGCUCCGAAAAACUUCCUUUGCUUAUCAUUGGGAAAAACAGAAAUCCACAUUGUUUCAAAGGUAUGAAAUCAUUGCCCGUGUAUUAUGAAGCCAACAGAAUGGCAUGGAUGACCUCAGAUAUAUUUGAACAAUGGAUGCAGAAGCUUGAUGAAAAAUUUCAAGCCCAGCAACGAAGAGUUGUGAUUUUUGUUGAUUCUCUUCCUGCACAUCCAGAGGUAAAGAACCUAAAGUCCAUUGAGUUAGCAUUUUUCCCAUCAUGUUUGUCUCCCAAAUUUAUAGCCAUGAAACAAGGUGUUAUUAAAAGCCUUAAAAUUAAAUAUCGACAUUGUCUUAUCAAGAAAUUUUUAAGUUCUGUUGAAGGCAGCAAAGAAUUUACAUUUUCCCUAUUAGAUGCAGUUGAUACAUUGCAUCUCUGUUGGAGGGCUGUAACCCCAGAGACUAUUGCUAAGAGCUAUGAAGAGGCAGGAUUCAAAUCUCAACAGGGAGAAAGCAACAAGACAAAUGCAGAGUCUAACACUGGUCUUGAUUUGGUUGCCCACGCCCAUGCAGCAGGAGUGGAAUUUCCUGAAGGUUUAUCUAUAGAAGAGUAUGCUGCCCUGGACGAUGACUUGGAGACGUGUGAAGCAGUACCAAGUGGUGAUGUGGUAUGGACCAAAGAAAGUAAAGCAGAUGAAACUGGAUUUUAUACUUCUGAUGAAGAGGAUGAUGGUGGAUCUCUGGGAACUGAACUUCCUUUACCGUCAAAAAAUGAGGCAAUAACUGCUUUAGCUACUCUUAAAAGUUUUCUUAGAAGUCAAGAUAUGAAUGAUGGGCUUCAUAAUUCUUUAGCAGACCUUGAAAUUUUUAUUAACUCUUUGUCACUUAAGUAA